AUGGACACUAAAAAAAUGUGUAAGUUAUUUCAUGAAGCUGAUAGUUAUUUUAAUGGUAAAGAUGUCAAUACCCAGAAAAUUAACAAUGAAGUAACCAUCAAAGGAUAUUGUAAUAAUGGUGGUUGUAAAACAAAUGAAGAUGGUAUUAAUGCUUUGGCCGCAUAUAUAUAUAUGAAAUUCAAAGGGUUAAUAAUAAUAAAAACUCAGCAUAAUAACUAUGAUGAAUAUUUAUUGAUGUGGAUAAGUGAUAAAUUAUUUAAGAUGUACCACGAAAGCAAAGGCGAGAAUAAAAAAAAAGGCUUUGUCUAUCCUAUUACUUUAAAUCAAGCUUAUGAAGAAUAUUUAGAUAAAUAUAAACAAAGAUGGGAUUUUUGGGUUCUUUUAGAUAUGCAGCAGGGUUUGAAAGGAGCGAAUCUUAAGUAUAUGAGCGAAUUUUAUAAAUUACUUAAUAAUAUAUGUAAAACAAUUGUAGAUUAUAAAAAUAAAGGUGUCAAAAGUAGUCAACUUUCUAAAUAUUCAAAAAAUUGCCUUAAUCAAUAUAGAAUCCUUUAUAUGAACAUUCCUAAAUGCAAAUCAUAUCUUGAUUUAUUGAAUAAAUUAAAAGGUAUAUAUGAUGAUUUUAGAAGUCGUUCUAUUAAGAAUACUGAUUCAAAAAAUGAUUUAAAAACUAAACUUAUAAAACUUACACUAGGAAAUGGAGAAGAGAUGAAGGCGGUGAAAGGUUUUAAAAGAUAUGACUUCAGUAAUGAACAAUGUAAACUCCCCAAAAAAAAAAAAAAAAUAGUCUCACCACCAUUACAAUCUUCUUCAAAAAAAGAACCGCCGCCGCUACACGACACAAAAACAAAAGAACCAAAACUACAAUUAUCACCAGAAUCAGCACCACAAUCAUCAGAGUCACAACAAACACCAACACCAUUGCCAACGACACCGCAGGUGCAAAAACAUGAUUCACCAUCUACAUCACCAUCACCUGAAAAAGAAUCAUCUCAACUUAAAUUACCAAAUUCCCCACAAUCACAAGAACCAAAGUCAGAUACAUCACCAAAAGAUCAAUCAAUUGAGCAAAAAGAUUCAGGUGGUGACACAGAAAAUCAAAAGAGUCCCCAAAAUGAUUUAAAUAAGCAUGAUCAAACUCCAGUUACCAAUAAAGGAGGCUCCGAUGAUGGGGAAGGUGUCAAAGAUAGUGAACCAGAGGGCUCAGGUAGUGGAUCAGGUGAUCAAGGCAGUAACAAUGGUGGAUCAGAAGAUUUAAAUGGUGGGACAAGCGAUACAGACAAGGGGCCAUUAAAUACAGGUGGUGGAGGAAAUGGUGAAUUGACUGGUACAAAUACUGAAAAAGGUGAUUCAGAAGAUGGAUUAGUUGAUAAAGUUAAUGAAGCAGGAGAUAUCGACAAUGGGAAAGAUGUUUCAAAAGGUGGAGAAGGUAAUGUAUCAGGUGGCGAUCAAAAAAGUCCAGAUGGAUCAGGAGAUUCAGAUAGUGUAUCAGGUGGUGGAGCUGGAGGUACAAAUAGUGUACCAGGUGAUCAAAUAUCUAAUGGUAGCCAAGGUGAUGAAAAUACCAGUCAACAAGGUACAAGUGGUGGAUCAGAUCAUGGUACAGGUAAUCAAGGAAGUUCAAGCCAUCAAGGAGGAGAUACAGGUGGCGAUAAACGAAAUCAAGAUGGAUCAGACGGCACAGGGGGCGGGGUACCCACACCUAAUGAACCAUCAUCACCCCUCCCAAAAGAUUUACCUCAAAGUCCGCCAGGAACGCCACACACUUCAUUACCGUCGCAAAAUCCUAAGGAGCAAACUAACCCAGUUCAAUCGUCUCAGGAUCCAUCUGGAAAUAAAAAUUCUGAUAAAACCGAUCAACAAGAAGCUCAAAAGCCAGUAUCCAAUCCAGUGACUAAACAAGAAAAUCCAGGAACCGAAUUAAAAGGAAAUGGAAUAACAGGAAUAGAUGAUGGAUAUGUAUUAAAAAAAUACAAAAAAAUUGUAAUUUCAAUUAUAGUUAUUCUAAUACCCAUUACUUUAACUAUUCUGUACAAGUAUUUGUCAUUUGGGCGGAGAAAGGAAUUGAAGAAAAAAACAAACAUGAAAAAGGUUAUAAAUUCAAUUGGAGGAAAAAAACAAAUACAAAUAAUUAUAAAAUCAUCUAGUCGAAAAAAACAGACUAAAAAAUCUAUAAAUUCCGUUCAUAGGAAAAAACCUUCAUUAUUAAAUAUAUACAAGAUUAUGCAGGCUGAUCCUGUACCAUUUAUUAAUUUAUUUUUUUUAUUGAUUUUUUUUGUUUAUAAAAGAAAAUCUGAUUUUUUGGAAUUAUAA